AUGGUCAUUACCUUGUUUUUAACUUUGCUAUCGAGUAACACUUUCGGAUUAAAAGUCGUCACUUUACCCAUGUAUGGCAAAAGUCAUACCAUCAUUAUGGAAAUUGUCAGUCGAGAACUGCAAUUGCGUGGACAUGAUGUUAUUUUAGUGGUCGAAGAGAGAGACGCCUUGGAAAAUAGCCAAGUUCCUAUGGCUAGAUUUAAUAUUGAUCAGCCUAUUAGCUUUGAUAAAAUUACCAAACUAAUUAAUAGUAAGAACGGUAAUGCAGUUAUUGCUUAUAUGAUCCAAGUACAAAAAUCAUAUUGCAGUAAAACCUUGAAUAACACUCGAAUCAUGCAAGCUAUUGCCGAUGCCGAUGUCGUUGUUAGCGAUCUUGUCUACCUUUGUAGCUAUUUAUUACCUGAAAAAAUAGAUAAAGUCAACAUUUUACUAUCACCUGGCGCUUUCAUGGAUUUGUAUAUUUAUGGCUUAUUGGAAAAUCCCAAUCCACUAGCUUAUAUACCCCAAUUUGGUGUCCAAUUAACUCCACAGAUGUCAUUCUAUCAACGCAUUGUCAACUGUUUUGCCGGUAUUUUGACGAAGCUCAUUGUCCAUUAUUAUUCCACUCCUGCAAUCAACGAAUUACGCCAACAAUUCAAUAUUAGCUUAAACCUUUCUCUACGCCAAUUAUUUUUAAAACCUUCACUUGUAUUAUUGAAUGCUGAUUUUGCGAUUGAAUUUGCACGACCACUACUACCUAAUGUUCGUAUGAUUGGCCCAUUAACACCUCAACCUCCUGCUAGCCUACCUCAGAAGUUGCAACUAUUUAUGGAUAAAUGUCAUCGUCGUGGUGUUAUUUAUGUUUCACUUGGUAGCCUAUAUCAAUUUCGUGAUGAUCAAUUACCUGCAUUAAUGGAUGCAUUUGCAAGGCUAUCACACUGCAUCUUAUGGAAGACUGCAAAAGAAAUCGAUAACCUCCCUUAUAACGUUAAUAUCGGAAAAUGGCUACCUCAAAAUGAUAUUUUAGGGAGUCAAAGUGUUAAAGCUUUUGUAACUCAUUGUGGCUCCAAUAGUAUGUAUGAAGGGGCUUAUCAUGGUGUUCCUAUGAUUGGCAUUCCUAUAACAAACGAACAAAAUACAAACAUGAUACGCAUGAUUUAUGCUGGUAUUGCAGUCCAUGUAAACUAUAACGACUUUAAUGCAAGUGAUUUAGUUUCAGCAAUUUCACAAGCGACCAACAACGACAGCUUUACUCGAAACGUCAACAAAAUUUCAAGACUACUGCGUAAUAAACCGCGCACUCCACGCCAAUCCGUAGUCGAUUGGAUUGAAUAUAUAGCCGAAGGUAAAGGAGCAAAUCACUUAAGAGUCUAUCAAUACAGCUUAUCUUUUUGGCAAUUAUACUUUCUGGAUAUGGCCUGCUUAAUUAUCGUCUUACUGUCGGUAAUCUAUUACUGCUUUCGAAGCUCUUGUUGUCGAGGAAAAUCCGUUAAAGAUAAAUCUGACUAA